AAGUUUACAUCUCGAUGUGAAAUUCAGUUAAGGAUGCGGAAGUCAUACAAAGUUUAUGUUGUGUUGACGACAAUAUUAUCUAAAAUAUCUUAAAAAUGUUAAUAAAGUUAACAAUGAUUAUAAACUGUCUGCUACUCUUACCAAAGGUAUAAUAUUGAGGUAAAAUAACGUAAGAGGUUCCUGUGCGUAAUUACAUAUCUGGGACGAAUUGUACGAGGGAAAUCGAUUUUUCCAUCUACACCAACAACCCCUUCGAAAACUAACCAGGUGAUUUUUUGUGAAAACCACGAAGUUAAUAUGCCUUUCUCACUACAUCACUGUUGGAGUCCAUCGAAAUUACUCUUAGCCUGCUAAGCAAAAAACUCAUGACAAAUUAUAAACGAUGCCAGAAAAUUUAGAACUGCAUCAGUUUGUCGACGGUUUUCGUCAUGGCGAAACUUCACAUAGACUACUUACGCGCCUCAAAGCAACACUUAAUUGCCCUUAUUUGGGUAUUAUACUAGCUACUCUCUCCUCGCUUUUUUUCUCGCUAUGUUCGGUUAUAGUGAAGGGCCUCGUGGACGUAAAUCCAAUGGAGCUUGCUUCAUUUCGGUUUAUUGGUGUACUGCUUCCUGCAAUACCCAUCGUUGUCUACAAUCGGUAUCCGGUAUUUCCCGAAGGCAAACGUGUGAUAUUACUGCUACGCUGCUUUAUGGGCACGACCGGUUUAAUGUUAAGUUUUUACGCUUUUCGUCAUAUGCCACUCGCCGAUGCUAGUGUUAUAAUCUUCUCAACGCCAGUAUUUGUUGCCAUUUUUGCGCGAGUGUUUCUCAAGGAGCAUUGCAGCCUCUUCAACAUCGUCACCAUCUUACUUACUCUAGUUGGCGUAGUGCUAAUUACACGACCACCUUUUGUUUUUGGUGAUGCCGCCCCUUCAAUGGAGACUGAACGCUUUUCAGGGAAAACCUACGACAUUUGGGGUCCAGUUGCUGCCAUAUCAUCCACAUUAUUUGGUGCUAAUGUGUAUAUAUUGCUUAGAGCCCUCAAAGGGCUACAUUUCUCCGUCAUCAUGACAAAUUUUGGUGCUUUUGCCCUGGUGUAUACAUUUAUUGUGUGCGGUUCGAUAGGGGCAUUGUGCUGGCCAGCAUGUGGACGAGAUCGUUGGCUUGUGGUGGUUCUGGGUAUAUUUAGCUUUUUGGGUCAAAUAUUACUUACAUUGUCACUGCAAAUGGAGCAAGCUGGACCGGUGGCUAUUGCACGUUGUGCAGAUAUUGUAUUCGCAUUUAUAUGGCAAAUCAUGUUUUUUGGGGAAACACCAACUGGCUAUUCCCUUUUAGGGGCUUUGUUAGUUGUGAGUUCAGUUAUUUUGACAGCGCUUAAGAAAUGGGCAUUGUCGCUGCCACGGGAGUCCUCGGCUAGAAAACGACUACGAUAUUUAUUAUUAAAUUAAAAACAUACAUAUAAUAUCUCUCUUAAUGGAGCAUACAAAUAUUACGACAUUAAUAAUAGAAGCGCAUUGUGGUUUCUCUCAUAGGAUGAUAAUUAUAAUAAUGCAUCUACGUAGUAAUAUAUUAAAAGUAAUUAUUAAGAAACGAAUCAACUAAUAUACGUUAGCAAAACCAAUUAAACUACACUUUAUAUUGUAAUUAAUUCAAACGAGGCUGGCAUUUAAAUAAAUAUAAAAUAAAAA